AUGUCAAAUUUUUUAACCGGUGUGGCAGACUGGAUUAUAAACAAAUUUAGUUCUUACAAGGUUACUAAAAAAACAUCUGCUGUUUUUAAAUUCUCGUCUGAUACAAAAGUUCAAAAAAUAAAUAAGAACAAAAGACUCUCAGAAAUCGCAAAAAGAAAUUUCAGUAAUUUACAUUCUAAUAGAAGAAAUAUUCAAUCACAUAUUAAUGUCGGAAAGUAUUCGAAAGAUAAAUUACUCAAUGAUGGAUUAGUUUCCUGGCUGCCUUUGCGUUUAAAAAAUUCAGAUGAUGAAGACUAUGUUUUUCUAACCAAUAAAGGAUUACCAAUAAAAGCUAUUGCGGAUAAUAAUGAAGAUUCAACUUCCUUUUUAAAACAUUCAUCUUUAGGUGUAGAAAAACUAACAAAGGUAACGUUAAAAUUAAAUAAUGUUGCGUAUGGACCGCAAUCUAAAGAAGAGAAUAUACCUGAAGAAAAGCUUGAUACUAAAAAGUCAGAUAGUGAAAGUUACCCAAGCACAAAAUUAAACUGUGAUUGCUGUAGUUGUUUGAAAAAAUUUACUUUUGGCGCUGGAUAUACGGAUUCCGUAAAAUUAACCCAUUUGAUAAUUUGUAACAAGGCAUUACAAGAUAAAAACAAUUUAGAGAAACAAGAAGUUUCUAUUGCUCGUGAAGAUUUAAAUGACAUCAAAAAUGCGUUCACUUCAAAAUUAAACUUGGCAAGUUUAACUGAUAGCACUCAGACAAGUGAUAUCAGUCUAAAAAAACUUAAUUUGCAUAACGACAAAACUAACGCAGUUUCAAUCGACGAACCCCCUAAAAAUGACAACCACCUAUUAGGUGAAGUUGACAAUAAGUUAGAUUUUUCUAAUUUGAUAUAUGAUCCAUUAAGUCAAAAAAAAUCUUCAGAAAAGAUUGUGUCGAGUUCAGAUCCUGAGAAAAUUCAAACAACCAAUAAAACUGAUGAUACUUGUACAAAGAAAAUUGAAAUUUUAUCUUCUAAUUCAUUUGGUUUGGAUACAUCACUAAAACAAAAUAAAUUAAAUUCAGCUAUAGAACAACCUAACACGUUUAAUAUAACCAUCGAUAGCAAUUUAAAACAAAAAGAUAGCUUGAUAUCUAAUUCGUUUAGUCAUGACACUUUAUCAGGACAAAUUAAAUCGUCACUAGGUGAUGGAAAUUCUCAAGCGGUUAAUAAAACUGCUGAUAAAGAUAAAAUUGAACAACUUGACGUUUCUUUCGACUCAUUUGAUCAUAAUAAACUUUUGGAGAAGAAUAAGUUGAAUUUAAGUUCUGAAAAAUUUCAAACGAUUAAUGAAGCUGCUGAUAAAGACAAAAAACAAAAUCUUGAGCUUUCUUUCACUUCAUUUAAUUGUAAAAAAUCUGCAGAACAAAAUAUUUUUGAGUUAGAUAAUGACAGUUCUAAGCCCAUAAACGAUACUACUGAUAAAGAUGAAAAAAAUAAGCUCGAUUUCUCUUUCGAUUCAUUUGACCACAACAAAUUCAUGGAGCAGUAUAAGUCUAAGUUAGGCACUGAAAAAUCGCAGCAAACUAGUCAAACUGCUAAGCAUGAUACAAAGCUAAAAGAUAACUUAGAGUUUGGUUUGUUAGGACAAAAUUUGACGUCUAAUAUCGGAAUGACUUGGAAUAAUGAUAAAUCAUUCGAAGGAAAUCCUGCUCUUAAAUUUAGUUUUCCUGAUAUUGGUAAAUUAAAUUUUGGUGAUACAACUGGUGAAUUUAAAAAAUAUAUGCCUAGUACUAUUUAUAAUAAUGAUACGCUUAAAAUUACUAACUUCAACAAUUCGAAGCAUGAAACAGACGUCGUGCACGACUCGCUUGAAACUGAGAAAGUUUAUUCGACUGCUAGUGACUUCAACAAUAAUGCGGGCGGUCAUAACGGUUUCCACAAGUUUCAAAGUUCAUUUAAUGAACUCAACACUUUAGAUGUCCUAAACAACAAUUCAUUCUCUAUAAAUAAUAAUAUAGCUGCCAAUAGUUUGACUAAUACUGCUAUAAAUUCUAGCGACCAAAAUGAAAAUAACAAAAAUAAUGAGAAUGCUUCUUACCUUCCACCAAAACCGUCUGAAUCAUUAAUUUCUCCUAUUAUUCCAUCUAUGUUUAAUGAACCUUUAGGAAUAGAUUUUCAAAGCAAUGCGUUUGGGAUUAAUUUGACAAAACCUCAACUUGCGAAUAAAAGCCAUCCUAAAACUAAUAGAUCAGCUGAUCACGAGUAUGAUUGUGCUGAAAAAUUAUUGCAAACUGCUUAUAGCACUAAGGAAGACGAUAUUGAUCUUUCAAAAGUUUACAGUUCUGCACUCUUUAACACAAAGCCUGACUUUGAAAAUACAAUUGAAAGUAGAAGUUUCACACAAAAUUCAGAAAAUGACCAAAUUAAUAAAUCUGCUGAAUUGAAACAAGAUUAUUUAACUCAAUUUGCUAGCGGUUUCCCUAAAAUGAAUUUUGCAACUAGUGAUGUUCCAUCUAUUUUGUCUACCACCGUAAAUACGAUGUUUAGCAACGAAUUGAGUUCAAACUUAAAUUCAUUCGGUACUAAGCUUGAACUAAAUGAAGCUUCACAAAAGCUUUUCAGCGGUAACAGGAGUUCAUUAAAUCAAAAAUCGGGAAAUUUUCCUGAAUUAUCACUUGGUAAAAACAAGCUUGAUUUUUUUCCAAGCAAUGCAACACAAAACAAUGAUUUAGAAAAAACUCAAAAUGAAGAAUCUACAGAUAUCGACUUUACAUCUGUUUCACAGACAGACAAAACUUCACAAAAUUGUUUCAACGAUAAUACUGGCUCGGUUAACAAUGAAACUACUAAAAAAAAACCAAUAAUGAUAAAACGAAUUGAACUAGCAUCUGCUAUUAAAAUUAGAAACUGUGAAGAUAUAAAAAUAAAGGAACCCUCUUUUAUUGAGGAUAAUUCAAAUUCAUCUGUAGAUAAAACAUUAACAGAUUUGUCUGGGUCAGGCAAUGGAAGUAUCCCUAAUCAUAAAUCGGAAUCUAAUAAUGAAUAUGAUAACGAAAAACAAAUUAAAGCCAGCAAUGACUUUAACAUUCCAAAAAAAGAUGAGAUAGAUGAUGAAAAAGACGAAACGAACGUUGACAUAAAAUUUGGCUCUGACGAAUUGGCAUCACCUGAAAAUAGUACUAUCUUAAAUUCUCUAGCUCCAAUUCCAGAAAAAUCAAAUGUUGAAAGUAUUAAAUCGGAUGAUGUACAAAACACACGUACUACAAUUCAAAAUAGAGGCAAAAGCAAUUACGUGUCGUCUAGUGAUGAGAGGAGACCACUUUGUGUAAAUCCAAAAACAGCGAUUCAUGUACUUAAUGACGAUAAACGAAGUGCUCAUAAACGAGCGUUGAUGUAUGAAACAAAGAAACCAAGUGAAUAUUCCAGUGGUUUUUUUAAAUCAGUAAAGGGGGAACAAGGCAAUGAUUCCCAAUGUGAAAAUGUUCCAUCAGAAUACUGUAGCGACUCUGAACCACGUCGUAAACGUUCUUUAUCAAACGAUAGAGUUGACUUUGAAGCAAGGUAUGAAUCUAUUUUAUCUGGAUCUUGUAGCGAUAGAAAUGAUUUCGAAAAAGCUACUUUAUUGAGGAAGAAUAUUAAAGAUAUUUUAAAAUUUGAAUCUGCUGUAAAGAAAGCUAAGAAGAAAAUCGAAUUUGAUUCUGAAAGCCCUUUAUUAAAAACUAAAAAAAAUAACGAAGAAGAAUUUAAAACUAUUUGGUCGCAAGAUGAAAAAAAUGAUACAAAUUCCGAUGAAAAAUUUGAUACUGUUCUGACACAAAAUGACAGCAAUAUCGAAGAACAAGAACAAUCUUCGCCAAAAACAUCAGUCUCAGCGUUUGAAAACGUUCAAACCCCAUUGAGCAACGCUUCAGGUACUCCGAUUACUAAAACUUUAAGAGAGGUAGCUUCUGACGUUGACGUCUAUCAGGCGAAUCGUGAUUUAGCUCUAAGUAAUAUUACAUUUGGAAAUUCGCCAAAUGACUAUAAUGAUUUUAAUUUCGUGCCGAAUGAGAAAGCCGCAAUGGAAGUAUUCAAUUUAAACAACAUUCAGCCACUCGGAUCUUUAGAUCAAAAUUUGUAUGACAAUAACGCUGAGAUUCCAAUGCAUAAAAUGAAACGACGAGCGAACCCAGUUCCUCAUUCUCAGCCAGAAAUGCCAAUUAAUUAUAAUAAUUUUUCACAAACAGAAAUUGAUCAAACGAAAUCAGAGCCUCUUUUGCAACCUACAUUGUUUUCUAAAUUUGCAAACGACAAAAGUUAUUUUACGCCUCCAAAAAAAACCAGUGACGGCUCGGAAACUUGUGCCUUCAGAUCACCUAAUGCUGUGUCAGGUUUUAUAACUACGUAUUCCGGCUUUGAAGCUAAAAAUAGUUGGGAUGUAUUUUGCCAUACACACGAACCACUGCUUGAUUUUACUCCUCCAGCGCCUGAAGCGGUAGGAACAAUUUCUUUCACCAGUGGAACAACUGGAGACCCUAAAGGUGUUCUUUUAACAGAGUCCGCUUUUGCUGCUCAAGUGUUAGCGGUGCAUAUAUACCAAAACAGCGUGAAUACAUUUUACUUGAUCCCAGAUUUCUGUUACUUUUCUUAUUUACCUUUAUCUCACAUUUUCGAACGAAUAAUGCUUCUGAUUUGCAUAUCGUUCGGUAUGAGAAUUGCCUUAGUCUCCGGAAAAGUAGACAGACUUGCUUCGGACACCCAAAUCGCCAAACCCCACUUACUUUGCGUUGUACCUCGACUUUUGAGUACAUUGUACAACAAAGUAGAAGGUAUGGUUGAGACGAAAGGCUGGGUAUCAAAGAAACUCUUUUACAAAGCGUUAGACAUAAAGAUAAAAAGAUUCAGAGAAACUGGUGCUUUCGAACAUUUCUUAUGGGAUAAAAUUGUGUUUAAGAAAAUAAGAGAUGUUCUCGGUGGGCAGUUAAAGUAUAUGCUUAGUGGAGGUGCUUUGCUUGAGCGGGACCUACAAGAAAAGAUCGCUUGCCUUUUUAGCAUUCCUGUCAUGCAAGGGUAUGGGUCGACUGAAACUUUUGGAACAACAUUCUGUUCUAUUUCUAAGGACAACAAUUACGGACAGGUAGGUGGACCCUUAAGCGUUACAGAGGUCAAGCUUGUCAGUGUUCCUGAUUUGGAAAUUCAGGUCAACGACGAAAUUAUGAAAGGAGAAGCCUACAUUCGUGGUCCACCCUUGUUUGUCGGUUACUUCAGAAACCCUAAAGCUACAAAGGAAGCGAUCAAAGACGACCUUUAUUGUAAAUUAAUUUUAUUAAUUGUUCGCAUCUGA